UUUUUUUAUUGGGACUUUGAGGAGGAAGAUGAGAGGAACGAUUGCAUUCCGAUUAUAAAGAUUGAUGGAUUUGGAUGUCGAUGUCAUGUUAAAGAUGGGCAAUAUGAUAUGAGCUAGGCAACGAUCUCUUGGUCGCCUGUGUCUAUACCUUAUGCCUGUGGCUUUCAUAUCCCACUCCUUGAUCUGAAUAGCUGCUGGCUCCACAAGGGGAGAUUCGUGAAUAAUCGCCAAGCAGAAAUCCUUUUCGCCGAGUCCAUGUAUCGUCCGUGGCUGUUUACAACUACGGUUCGGAAGAAUUAAAUGAGUAUUCUCCGGUUUUACCCUUGAUGUUCCCAAACGACCAGCGGGUUAGAGGUGGGAGCGAGACGCGGAGCAAUAGCGAGGAGCGGCUGAUGCUCCGAGUCGGAGACAACAGCGGCCGUGGUUCGGGCAGCUGUGGAAGAGGAGGAGGCGGUGGUACCCACAUCGCGUCAAAGAGAGUGCGGUGUUUAUUGUUUGGGUUCUAGCUCUGCGCAGCGAGCGAGAGGCGCGUCGUUGAGGCAUGGGCUGUGCUCCCAGUAUCCACGUCUCUCAGAGCGGGGUGAUUUACUGCCGAGACUCCGACGAGUCCAAUUCCCCACACCAGACCACCACCAUCUCGCAGGGCACAGCAGCAACUCUACACGGACUCUUCAUCAAGACCGAUGCAGCUGACACCAUUCCCUCGGUAAUCACCUACCAAAAUAGGCUUUCACGGACAAAUUCCCACCGGGAUCGAAGGGAGAACAGCGGUGGACACUUCUGCAUUGAGGCCGAAACUCAGACCAACCACACCAGCGUCAAGGUCUCGGCCACAGAGGAAUGUGUAGGUCCAAUGCGUCUCACCCAGGAACCUAUACAGAGCAGUCUGGACCAACUGGACGAGGUGGCUGCGUUAAUAGCGGCUACGGUACACGACGUGGACCACCCAGGAAGGACUAACUCCUUCCUGUGCAACGCAGGAAGUGAGCUGGCCGUCUUGUACAACGACACGGCGGUCUUGGAGAGUCACCACGCCGCCCUGGCCUUCCAGCUCACCGUGAAAGACAGCAAGAACAACAUCUUCAAGAAUAUAGACAGGACUCAGUUCCGGACCCUGCGACAGGCCAUCAUAGACAUGGUUUUGGCUACAGAGAUGACUCGUCACUUUGAGCACGUCAACAAGUUUGUCAACAGCAUCAACAAGCCCAUGGCUGCCAUCGAAGAGUCCAGCUCCAACAGUGAGGGGAGUGACUGCGAGGGCCAGGCAAGCAUCCGGAACUCUCCGGAGAACCGCCUGCUGAUUAAGAGGAUGAUGAUCAAGUGUGCCGACGUGGCCAAUCCGUGCCGUCCGCUGGAGCUGUGCAUCGAGUGGGCGGGGCGUAUCUCUGAGGAAUACUUUGCUCAGACAGAUGAGGAGAAGAGACAGGGUCUGCCCGUGGUGAUGCCGGUGUUUGACAGAAACACCUGCAGCGUGCCCAAGUCUCAGAUCUCCUUCAUCGACUACUUCAUCACCGACAUGUUCAACGCCUGGGAUGCCUUCGCCAGUCUGCCCGGUCUAAUGGAGCACCUGUCCGAGAACUACAAGUACUGGAAGAGCCUGGACGAGAUGAAAUGCAAGAGCCUGCGCCCCCCUCCUCCACCCUGAGCCCCCUCCACCACGACCCC